AUGUCGGAUCAAUCCAGCAGUGGAAGGAAGACAAGUAUGGAGAGUAUGACAAGUCAGAGCAGCUCCGCCAGUCAUAUAGCUCCCAUCAAACCCUUCGUCGGCCUCGACAUCAAGCGACAGUCAGACUUCCGCGGAGACAGCGCUUCACCCAUUUCACCCAAGAACGUCCAGUAUGGCGAUGGAGCGUCGACAACCAGUCCAUCAUUGACAUCGGAAUCAGAACAAUCGGUUCCUAGUAGCAGCGAAAUUGCCACUCCCAACACAUCCACCGAAGGGUCCCCUCCGAUGGCAAUGUCUCCUAUCAACUCCAACCCCUCUUCACCUCCCAAAGACCAAACGACCCCUCGGGCAGAGUUGGCCGCUCCAGUCUGGCCUUUGUCGACCGUGAAGUCCGUCUCCCUUGCACAAAAGAUUCAGGAUCGUCCGACUGCUCUGGGUCUGGAUACGCCUUCCAGCUCGAAUCCUCAGUGUCAUAAUGAAUCGAGUGAUGUGCCCUUCCCCGGCCGGCUCAUUUUGGGACAAGAAGAGAAGGCGGGUCCAUCGCGCUCUGUAAGCAAUGUCUUGAAGAGGGAAGGAAGUUGGAGAAAAAAACAUGCUAGGUGA